CGAAAGCCCGUCGUCCUCUCCCUCCCCGAAUCAGUCACCAACUCACCAUGGCCUCCCGUUUCCUGCCACCGCCGCCGCCGGCGGAACCCCAAGCACCGCCUGACCCCACCACCAUACGCGCCCUCUCCGAUGACCUCCUCCGCGAGAUCUUCCUCCUCCUCCCGUCCCUGCCUUCCCUCGUCCGCGCCGCCCUCGCCUGCUGCGCCUUCCUUGCCGCCGUCCGCUCCUCCCCGGCCUUCCGCCGCCGCUUCCGCUCCCUGCACCCGCCCCCUCUCCUCGGUUUCUUCUUCGACCCCAAUGGCACCGAAAUGCCCUCCUUCACGCCCAUCCGCCGCCGCUCCGAUCCGGACCUCGCCGCCGCCGUCCGCGGCAUCGACGUCUUCCUCACCCGCGUCCCGUUCCACGACGACGUCUUCCCCGGGUGGCAGAUAAGGGAGUGCCGCGGCGGCUGUCUCCUCCUCCUUAACUGGGAGUCCAAGCAGAUCGCCUCCUACAAUCCCCUCACCCGGGCUCUGGAUCUCGUCCCCAUGCCGCCUGACGAGAUCUCUAUAGGCCACCGCGGCAAGUUCAUCCCCAAGAGUUACUUCUUGCUCCCAUCUGACGAUGAAGCCACAGACAGGUCGUCGUUCCGCGUGGUCUACACCUGCCAUGACAAGUCGCGGGUGCGCGCCGCCGUCUUCUCGUCAGCCACCAAGAAGUGGCAAAUUCUGCCCUGGUCAGACCCUGCGCCGGCACAGCCGGCGAGCGGCAAGUACUGGCUUCUUGGCGGGAGGCAGGUGAACGGGUUCUUGUGCUGGUCACACUCGUGGCAUGCCUACAAGGCGCUUCUGGACACCGCGACUCUGCAAUUCUCCUUCAUCGAUCUGCCCGAGGACUUAAAGGGGCAAGGCCACCUCUACAUGACUGGGGACACCAAUGACGGGAAGCUCUGCAUUGUCGCCGCAAUUGAAUUCACACUGUUUAUUUGGUUCCUUAGAGCAGAUGCUGAUGGUGUUGACAAGUGGAUGCUUGAAAGUAUGGUCCAGUUGGAGGGAGAGGUUCUUCAGGCUACCGAAGGCUCACGGGAUGAACAUGAAGAGCUCAAAGUUUUGGCAAUUCUGGAUGGCAUUGUGUACAUGUCAACUUUUGAGACAUUCAGAGAUUUUACUUCACCUUGUUGGUACCUAUCCUUCUGCCUGGAAACAAGGAAGCUGGAAAAGCUCUUUUAUGGAAAAACUGAUGGCCACUUUCAUCCAUACAUCAUGGCAUGGCCUUCUUCUUUACUAGGUAACAAGUUGAGCCCUUAACUUGGAGGUGCUUCUUAAAGUGUGGAACUGGUUAUGGUAAUACUUACGAGGAGGAAAACUACAAUUGCUAAAUCUUAAUUUUAUUCUAACCUUAUAUUGAAUUAUUGGCAUCUGUUUUGUUUCAUUUAAUGAUGAAAUCGUUCUUAAAUAAAUUGCAGAGUAAUAUUAUUGUCAUACCCAGGUUCUUUCUAGCAUUAGAAGUUCAUUCACUUACCUUACAGCGCACCAAUACCACACUUCACUAUCUACAUAUUAGAACUAUUACAUUGUUUCUGCAUAGUAUCAGGAAAGCACCAGGGCGAGUUUGUGUAACAGGAGAAACAGAAACGAAAUUGAGUAUAAGAGUGUAAGUGUAAGAAUGUAUUAAUUCCAGAACGGAAUGGAUUGUCUGUAGUCUGUACCAUACAAAUUUCUUACACCCUUUGGCAACUAUCCUUUUUAA